CUGUUGCCGUAGAAACCGAGCGAGGCUGACUCCUGAGGCAGCGAUGGCUCCUGUUGUUGUGGGACAGGAUGGAGAUUCAAUUUGAAUGGAAUGAUUUAAUACAGGAAGGAAAAACACUUACAGUUUGAAUAUUUCAAAAUGACAUUUGCACCAUUGAAGAUCAUGAAUGGGCCUAAAAUGCAGACUAAGAUGAGCUCCUGGACACCCCUGAAUCAUCAGCCUACCAAUGACAAGGUUUUUGGAGAAAGAGGAGAAUUACUUGGGAAAUGGUUUGAUAAGUGGACUGACACACAGCGUCGCAAGAUUCUUCUUGACCUGUUUGAAAGAUGCUCUGUCUCUCAGUUGAAAUUUUGUGAGCAACAUUUGCGCAGUAGAGUUCCAAUGGAAGCUUUGGACUUCACUUGUUUCCUUCCCAGAGUGCUGGCUUUGUACAUCUUCUCCUUCUUGGAUCCAAGGAGCCUUUGCCGGUGUGCCCAGGUGAACUGGCAUUGGAAAGAUCUGGCUGAAUUGGACCAACUCUGGAUGCCCAAAUGCGUGAGACUAGGUUGGUACAUCAGCUUCUCACCUACUCCCUAUGAACAAAGAAUCUGGAAGAGGCACUACAUUGAGAUGGUGAAGGAGCUGAAUGUUACCAAGCCAAAGACUCCACCCAAAGAAGAGUUUAUUGUGGCGCAAGUCCAUCCAUUAUCAAAGGAUCCAGCAGACCAGAAGCAGCCCACAGCUCGCUCCCCACCUGGGAAAGCUCGGCUUGAGCUCCCACCCUGGCGUGGUUCAGACCGACACCCAACAGAUACCAUACGCUUCAACUACCUGGACAACAGUGAUCCUAUUGAGCUAACUGGGAGAAAGAAGGGAAGCCGAGCCUCCCCUGAUCAUAUUCGACAGAGUCAUGACAGAAAGAAGCAUCCAUCAGGAAACUAUAAAAUGUGGAAAGUAAAAUCACUGAUGUGCAUGUCUCUUGACUUUAACUUAAGUCAAAAACGGCAACUUCGUCCAGUCUGGGCAAGUCAUGGUGCUGUAGGAAGUUUUGUUUCCAAGGAAGAAGCCAAAGCAUUAACCCAAAGAUCUGACUGGAAUGCUGGUAUUCGACCAGCACCAGUUCGACCUGUUAUCCCAGUAAUGAAUGAAAGGGGACAGAAAGCUUCCUUGCGGACCCAGAGGAGUUCCCCCUCCUGCCCGCUCUUUGAGAGCCAGCCAUGGCAAGUCCCUGAAACAGAGAGAAGCUGUGAUGAAGAAUGAAAGGAUGAAACCACUUGGAACAGAGGCAGUGCCCCCAUCAACUGGCCAAACUGGUUAGCAAAGAACGACAAAGAGUUGGUGGACUGGAGUUGGACUGUACUGAAGGAAUCACUUGCUUGAUUUGUGAAUUAAACAUAAUAAAUUGCAAUGCCCUGAA